AUGAAGCUCGCGUUGGGACUGCUGGGACUGGCCUGCCUUGCGUUCAUGGCCGAGGAGGCAGCAGCGGUGGCCCUGGGUCUCCUCGAGGACGAACACCUCCACUCCGCCGAUGCCGAUUUUCCGUUCCAUCCGCUCUUUGGACAGAAGCACGGAAUCCAGCAUAGCGACCAGCCCCCGUCAGUAUGGAGCAUUAAACUGGGGCUGAGCAGCUGCCUUUUCUUCUUCCUUCCCUCGCCUGUCACGCACUCGCAUUCCCAUUACUUGAGGGCGUUCAAUAAGCAGAUAAAUGUGAAUUUCUUCGUAUGGGUAUUGUUUGGGCUGUUGCACCUGGUGGCCUUCUCGAAGACGGGAGCUUCACCUAUUGGGCCAGUUCGAGUUGUUGUGGGAAAAGGCCCCGUCCCGAUUGCACCCCCGUUCCGUCCGUUUCAUUCGUUCCGAUUGUUUUCUCCGUACCGUAACACGUUUUCUCCGAUUUUUCCGUUCUUGAGUAAAGGUAUCACUGUCCAAGCCAACGUCCCGGAAUAUAGCAACCCCGAGUCCUUUGGGGUAUCCAGUCCUCGACAGUACGGAGCGCUGAACUGGGGUUGAUUUCAACAGCCACGCCAAACUCAAGCCAUGACUUCCAUAAAACUGUUAUCUGAUUUUUACUGACAAGAUCGGUCCAAGACGACGUUUUGAUUUGGAAUAAACGUGAUAUACAUUUGUUA